AGCGUUUUAACACUAAACUAGCUCCUAAAUCUGUGAAACAUUAGUAGUGAAGAAGACUCCUAAGUAACUAAGACCAACUCAGAAUAUAAACAUUUUAGAAACAUCUGACGAUAAUGAACUUUUAAAAAGGUAUCACCUUUGGUUUUAGAUGUUAUCUCAAUUCAAAAUUUCCUUUUUAUUACAUCCUUGUUCAAUCAGUUGGACAAGAAGUAACAACUGUUCUUGUGUCUAGUUUAUUUUUUAUGUUUACAUGCCCAUACAUGAUUAUUCUACUCUGUUAAUUAAAAGUUUAUAUGCAUAUCAAGUGUGUAUGACGAGCACACAUGUAAGAGGCUGACAAUGAACUGUACAUAUACUAAUCAGUGACACUUAGCCUGCAUUCAUUUUAAAAUCUUUAUUUGAAUGUGCAUCUUUUUAUUUUAUUUUGAAAUCUUUAUCUGAAUAUGGCAACAUAUCGUGCUCUACAAAAUUUCUAUGAAUCACUGUGUGCAUAGUUAGUAAGCAUUCUGACAUCAUCCAUAGCAACGAGGUAAACCCUGCCCUUUCUCUUAGCUUAAGUCUUCUAUCUAUUCCUUAGUAAAAGUUUGUUUCGGCAGCUUUGUAAAGAGGUUUUAAGAGAAAAUUUAUCCUCCUAAUUUUUGCUUUAUUAUAAACAAAUUAGAUUCUACAGCAUCUGAAAGCUAAAUGAACACCUGGGCUGCAGGGCUCACUUUUUUGUAUGCAUAUUCAGAUGCAGUAAAUGUAUGUUUCUGAGUAAACUCUGCCUUGAUUCCAAUAAAACUCACCUUUGCGCUUAAAUGCAGUCAAUGAUUGUUGUCUCACAUUCUACACUAAGUGUAUUUUGUGCUUUUGUGUUUACAGGACACUGGCAGGUAUUCGAGAGGGAAUUUGACUUAAUCCGAGUGAGCUGUAUGUUAAUGUUCUUCAUUAGUGUGCUGUUAUCAGAUAACUGAGCCUAAGGGUCUGGAGGUCGUUAUGGAGACAAUGGGUCAAGCGAUGGGGGUCCUCCCCAGCAAUUAGGAAAAUCUGGUUGGGCCACCCUGCAGGAGCAACCCCCCUGUGCUGCAUGUGUCUGGGUGUAGGUGGAGCACGUGAAACUACUGAACAAGUAUCCUGAAAAGAAGUCAGCUCUGGGCACUCUCUACUUGACCGCUACUCACCUUAUCUAUGUGGAACAAACUAACAAUUCACGCGCAGAAACAUGGGUGCUGCAUCAUCACAUCAUGUCGGUAGAGAAGCUUCCAUUGACUGCACCCGGUUGUCCGCUCCUGAUCCGCUGUAAAACCUUCCAGCUGCUUCAUCUGCUGUUCCAAAAAGAGAGAGAUUGUCAGGAUGUCUAUCAGUCACUUCUGCACCUCUCUCAACCAGUCAAAGAAGAUGAGCUGUAUGCCUUUCUCUAUACUCCACACCAAAACCAGGAGGACAGAAGACAGGGUUGGGAAUUCAUCAGUGUGGCGAACGACUUCAGCAGGAUGGGUCUCUCCAAUGAAUAUUGGGAAAUCAGCCCCCUCAACAAGAACUAUGAGAUCUGUAGCACUUAUCCAUCUAUCCUAGGACUCCCUAAAAAUGCCAGUGUUGCGGUAGUAACAGGCAGUGCCAAGUUUAGGAGCCGAGGGCGAUUGCCUGUUCUGUCUUACUAUCACAAAGACACUAAGGCUGCGAUCUGUCGCUGCAGUCAGCCUUUGUCGGGUUUGACGUCUCGCUGUGUGGAAGAUGAACAGAUGCUUCAAGCCAUCAGCCAAGCGAACCCCAACUGCCCUUUUAUAUAUGUAGUGGACACACGGCCUAAGUUGAACGCAAUGGCCAACCGCGCAGCUGGUAAAGGCUAUGAGAAUGAGGACAACUACUCCAAUAUCAGGUUCCAGUUCCAAGGAAUCGAAAACAUCCACGUCAUGAGAAACAGCCUACAAAAAUUGCUGGAGGUGUGCUCUAUGAAGUCUCCUUCCAUGAGUGACUAUCUGACAGGUCUGGAGAACUCUGGUUGGAUGAGGCACAUCAAAUCUGUAAUGGAUGCAGGUGUGUUCCUCGCCAAGGCUGUCAGUGAAGAGAGGGCGAGUGUGUUAGUGCAUUGUUCUGAUGGUUGGGACAGAACGGCUCAGGUGUGCUCCUUGGCUUGUAUACUGCUGGACCCAUACUACAGAACUAUUAAAGGCCUCAUGGUUUUAAUAGAAAAGGAGUGGAUCUCUUUUGGUCAUAAAUUCAGUCACAGGUGUGGCCAUCUGGACUCCGACCCCAAAGAAGUGUCUCCGGUCUUCACCCAGUUCCUGGAGUGUGUGUGGCAGCUGUCUGAACAAUUCCCCUGUGUGUUUGAGUUCAACGAACGUUACCUAAUAGAAAUACACAAUCAAGUCUACGCCUGCCAGUAUGGAAACUUCAUCGGCAACUGUCAGAAAGAGAGGCUGGACAUGAGGUUGCAUGAAAAGACGUUUUCCUUGUGGCCACAUCUUCUGAAGAACCAGCAUCUGUAUCGAAACCCCUUGUACCGGCGUUCAUUAGAGAGCACUGUUCUGAGACCCAGCACUUUACCACUGCACUUCAAGUUCUGGUGUGGGAUGUAUAACCACUAUGACGGAGGCAUGCACCCAAAACAGUCUGUUCUAGACCAGCUGCUCUCCCUCACACAGAAGCAGGUGGAAGGAGAGAGAACCAUGACUGAAUUACAGCGACAGCUGGCUGUUGCAGAUGGAGUUCUCCCCGAUCCAUCCGGACUAAUCAGCACACCUACGAAACAGGACAGUCCAUGUGAGAAGACUCCCACCGCUCCUGUCGUCCAAUCAAAUGGAAGCUGCGCUCCUUUAAUUAAUGGAGACGCAGAAGAGGCGGUCCCAGGAGCUGAGAAGUGCAAUGAGGAAGAAGGGGCGGAGUCAUGAGCCACCGAACACGAUCUGACCUCCUUUGAGGACAAACCUGUUUCUGUGGAAACAGAACAUUCGAAAGAGGAGGUACAAGAAUCCUCUCGAGUCUCCAUAGUAACAGAACAGGACAUUCUGACUGAGACCCCAAAGAACAAAUGUCUGGAUUAUUGAAAAGAUUUAUAAAGUACUGUUUCCACAGCUGAAGCUGCAGCACACUCGUUUGUGAUUGUUUAUAUUGCUGAUUAUUAGAUUUCUAUUCUUGUGCCCUGUUAUACCUGUUCUGAACAUUUCUGCAAUGCUCUUUGUUUUUUGUGGACUUCAGUGUGUUUGAUGGCCUUCAGACCAUGAGGAUUGAAGCUACAUGCUUUGAGCGUAGACACAGAAUCAUCUUCAUUUUGUUUAAAUGCCGUUCUGAUCAAAUGUUGCCUUAUGUCUUUCUCUUUCUCUACAUUUUAAAGCCAUAUUUUGAUAAUGGUUCAUUGAGAAACACAAGCAGCUGAUGUGAAAUUCAUGUUGAUAAAGGGAAGAUAUUGUUGAAACAUGGAUCAAAUUGAUUAUCAGUUUUUUGCACAAAGGGAUUAGUAUUAUAUUUGUAUUGUUCCUUAAUUCAAACGCUGUAAAUUUCUCAUGAAAAGGAACACAGCUGAUUGAUUGCAAUAGGAUGCCACAUUGUUUGAGCCAAGCUCUAAUGCUAAAGAAAAAUUUGAUGUGCAUAAAAAUAUUCUAGGAAUAUUACUUAUUUCCUUUUAAACGAUCCUUUUAAAUUGCAUGUAGUUUUGCAAAGCAAUACUAUUUUUAAUGAUGUCUACCAGAUGUGGCAGCUAUGGAACUCCAGACAAGUUUUUCUUAUUAUGUGAAAAGCAAACCAAUGUUUAAAAAUGCUUCCUUUAUUGAGAAGCAUUUGUUUACAUUAUUAUUUUUUGUUUAAAUUAGAAAUAAAAUCUAUUGAUAAAAUGU